AUGCAGAAGUACGUUCCGUUCAUCCUGUACUAUGACCAUCUGAUGACACUCUCUGAAGAGAUCACAUGGAUAUGGUCUCGUCCACGCGCCAGAUCGUCUCUCCUGUUCUUCUUAAAUCGUUAUGUGCCGCUGGUUGGGCAUAUAGCAGUUCUGGUCUAUACAUUUGGUGGGUUUACUAUAUGUGACAAGUUUCCGGGCAUACACAGCAUUCCAUCACUUCCUGACUAUGUCCAACCAAACAGUCGUGGCCAAUUCUACAGUCUUGCUGAUACUGCGCACUAUUAUCACUUACUUGUAUGCACAUCAAAUGCAUGGGGUGAACAGUGGAGUGCAAUCACAGCGUACACCGUAACGAGUGCCGAGCUGGCGCAUGACCGCCACAACCACAUCUCGUUUCCAAAGUUGUCCUUCGUUGCAUAUUGUCUUGCGGCCCCUUGGGAGAUGCAUAUCGUGUUUGAUGUGACUGUAUUCAUCCUUACCACCGUCAAAUGGAGCCAGCAUCGGAGGGAUUCACUCGCGCACCUUGACACAUGUGAAAAGUGGUCGGGUGCGAUGUAUUUCUGCGCGAUGGGGCUCGCAGAGCUGGCGAAUAUUUUCACCUUCUAUGAUCCAUUGCGCGGCACCCUCUCUACGUUCGCCACCUGCAUCUCCGUCACGAUGAUGUCGCGACUCAUUCUCAAUCUGCACGGCACCUCGUCACGGCUACCGUCUUCCACCCAAGCGACAGAAUCAAUUGUGUUUGCAUCACGGAGAGACACCAUGAUGCAUCCGGACGAUGCAGACGAUGAUGUGGUUCACGAUAUUGGGUCGCAUCGGCUUGAGCACUUGUCACAGGAGGAUGUGAAUGUCUGCGAAUGA